AGCUCAUCUUAUCUAACCCCCGAACCUAUGCAUGCCUACACACCUACCUACUACCUAAGUAUGCAGGGUAGGUAGUAUAUUUACCUAGAGUUCCCCCACCAGCCAAAACUAAGACUGGCCCUCCAAGUUAACCAACACCCCUCCCCGCAGAUCGACCAACAAGAGACAGACAAAGAUGCCCAGCAAAGGUGUCCAAUGUUACACGUACAUAGCCGUCCCCGGCUGCACCAUCGAGCUGUCCGUGCCCGGGCAGACGGUGGUGAAAAAGGACCUCCGCACCUUCUGGAACGCCGAUCUUGAGGUUGACGCAAAGAACAUCCGAAACCUCUUCGACAAGACGGGGCGCUUCAGUUUCAAAGUCCUCCGCAACGGCGAGCUGAUCAUGGAGCAGUGGAUUGAAGUCAACGCCCUGACGGGCCGGCUCGGCGACGGCACCAUGAGGGCGAUCGCCAACACGCCCUCGGUGCUGCACGGCGGGGACCUGAUCGUGUCGUACGGCUUCUACGCCGCCGGCAACGGCGAGGCGGGCUUGCCCAACCGGCACCAGUGCUACGUGACCGUCUCGCCCGACAACUCGGACUGGAUGGCCGCCGUGGCGCCGCCGGGCUCAUCCAUAGAGGCCCAGCCGCUGGGCCGCAUGGUCCUGCCGUCCGCGCACGACGUGGGCAUGAACAGCAUGCAGAACGCCGACGCCGUGCUCCAGCACGCCGGCGGCGCCGUGAUCUCGAAGCUGAUCCCGAACAACGACGCCGUGCGCGCCAUCAUCGACGCCGUCUCGGGCCCGGCCAUCGCGCUGAUCGCGCCCAACAUCGUCUUCAGCCUCGCCAUCACGCAGAAGGACAGCCUUGAGACGAUGCUCCGCCUCGGCGCCCGCUACUUCGAGUUCCGCCCGGCCCACUGCCACCGCGACGUCCUGCCCGCCCUGCCCAUCCCCGACGAGCUGUACUUCCAGCACGGCGCCGUCCCGGGCAUGGCCUACCGGCUCUUCCUCGCCGGCCUCGUCGCCUUCCUCGCCGCCCACCCGGCCGAGAUCGUCGUCGUCCAGCUGCGCUGGGACGGCGUCCCCGACGAGUGCGCCCGCCCCUCCGCCGCGGACCUGCGGGACUACCUCGCCGCCGCCCUUGCGACGACGACCACCAUUCCCCCCCUGGCGGCGGGCGGGAUCGACGACCUGCGCGCCGGCGCCUCGACCAUCGCGCAGCUCCGACGAGCCGGGAGGCGCCUGGUGGUCCUCGACGGCGGGGCCGUGGACCCGCUUUCGACGUACACGGACGCCGGAAACGCGACGGUGACGGGCGACAGCAUCGUGGACGGGUUCGCGCGGGCGCUUCAGCGGCCGGGGGCCGUGGAGGGCCGCGUGCUCGUCGAGCUGCAGUGCCAGGCCACGGCGUCCAACGUGCCGGGCGCCGUGGCGUACAGCGUGCUGUCGGCGGGCGCGUCGACGAGCUGCCUGCUGGCCACCAAGGCGCUGUGCGACGCCAAGACGCUGCCGUGGGUCAGGGACAACGUGCUGGCCGCGUGCGGCCGCGAGGCCCUCGUCGUGGUCAUGAAUGACUUCCUCGACGGCGCGACGGCGGAUGUUGCGAUUGGGCUGUGCGGGCAGAGGCUGAAGUAGGGGGGGAGGGUGAGCCAUCUCGUCGGGCAGAUGGUGUUUGUGGAUUCUCGUCAGACUAACCGAUCCCUUGAGGCAUCUUGAGAGUAUCCAUGAGCAACCUAGACAUUGGGCAUCCCAGCGUAUCUGUCGUUCGAGCUGUAAUAAUCGCCAAUUUAUGAUAUACCAAAUAAAUACAAUGCACCCAGAACCUGUCAAGUCGUCGCCUUCUCUAGGGCAAAAGGGGAAUCCCAUGUAACACAUAGGAUAGUGUAAUCGUCGGAGUUAUAAUUGCGAUGUGCACGAGCAAUAUGCUGCAAGGCCUCAACUUCCAACGCGAUCGCUGCUCUUCUACCCGACCCAUAUCAAGACGCCCGUGCCGAGGCCCCCUUUGCCGGCAGCGCAAACAGCGCAGACGAAGCAGGGCCCCCCAGCGCGGCGGAUGACGGCAUUCCCCCCGCGCUCCGAGCACCACGCCCUCGCGAGGACCUCGGCGCCCCUCCCCG